AUGGUCCGACUUACUCUCCGCAGCCGACUAAAGUCCUACGGCGUCAACAACAGCUCCAGCAAUAGUCGAAGCACAAGCCCCAGUGCCAGCGUGAAACGAUCAAACACGAUAGACAGCAUGGCAGAUCCCACAAAGGCCAAUGGUCUGGUACUGAAAGCUGCGGUUCUCCGGGCCAGGAACCUCGCGGCAAAGGACAAGAACGGGUCUUCCGAUCCAUACCUCGUCCUCACCCUCGGCGACUCGAGGCACGUAACCCAAUACGUCCCCAAGACAUUGAACCCCGAAUGGAACGUCACGGUCCAGAUGCCCGUCUCGGGCGUGAACUGCCUCCUGCUCGAGUGUGUGUGCUGGGACAAGGAUAGAUUUGGGAAGGACUACCUGGGCGAGUUUGACUUGGCACUCGAAGACAUCUUCUACAACGAGCAUACGGCACAAGAACCGAGAUGGUACCCCCUCAAGAGCAAGAGAACCAACGGGAAGAAGACCAGCAAUGUAUCCGGCGAGGUGCUUCUACAAUUUACUCUGUUGGACUCAUCGAACCCUACCGCCACCGAUCAACAGAUUCUGGAGAAAUUUAAAACCAUCUGUGGCUCGGACAUUGGCGAACUUAUCCCCGAGACAGCGACGAAGCGGACGAGCCGUGCGAGCGCGGCAGAUGAAGUCCCUGAAGAGGAAGAAGAAGAUCAAUUUUAUGAGGAUGAAGAACCUAGCGACGAGACGGACGACCCAGCAAAACCCGAUUCGGUCGAGAAAAGGAAGCGCAGAUUGAGGCUCAAGGGGCUCAGGAGGAAGAAGCAAUUGGGCGCAUACGAGUUCAGCGGAGGUAGCGACCUGGUUGGGAUAGUCUUCCUUGACAUACAAAAGAUCACCGAUCUUCCACCGGAACGGAACAUGACUCGAACAUCAUUCGAUAUGGACCCUUUCGUCGUGGCGUCUCUGGGGAAGAAGACCUAUAGAACGAGAGUCAUUCGACACAACCUUAAUCCCGUCUUCAAUGAGAAGAUGAUCUUUCAGGUCCUCAGACGUGAAGAGACCUACUCCCUCUCCUUUACCAUAAUUGACCGGGACAAGCUAUCUGGCAAUGAUUUCAUCGCCUCCGCCGUACUCCCCCUUACAGACAUCACCGACACGGCUCUAGAAGCCGACCCCGACACUGGGCUUUACGCUUUAAAAGACCCUCCAGAUGCCAGCGCUCUGCCGUCCCAGCCAAACAAAUCACGCUUCAAAUUGCCACUAUCACGCUCAGCAUCUUCACAGAAUCUGAAAAUGUCACGGUCGACCGCAAGUGCAAAGAGCAGUGGGACAAAUUUGUCGACAGUUCAAGCGAGCGAUUCAGGAUCAACAACACCGGCGCCGACAAAUGCACCGACGAGCACUCCUGGUGCGCUUCAAACGGGUGAUAAUAUACCUCCUCCAAACGCCGUUGACGAUACCGAAGUAUCGAACGAGCGUGGUGAUCCCGACUUACAUCCUUUCGUUAUUCCUCUAAAACUAAAGAACGCGGAGAAAUGGGAAGAGAAGCAUAGCCCUAUGUUAUUCAUCAAGGCUAAAUAUGUUCCUUACCCGGCUCUUCGUCAGCAAUUCUGGAGAGCCAUGUUGAAGCAGUACGAUACCGACGAAAGUGGACGCAUCAGCAAAGUCGAGCUAACGACCAUGCUUGAUACGCUUGGCUCGACAUUAAGGGAAUCUACCAUCGAAGGCUUCUUCAAGCGCUUUCAUGAUCCAACCGUGCAUGGUGACGAGCCAAAUUCUGAUUUAACUAUUGACCAGGCAGUCAUUUGUUUAGAAGAUCAGCUCUUUGCUGCAAGGUCCAGGCAGCCAAGUGUCGUGAGUGAGAGGGUAAAAGUAUCUGGUACUGCUCCGGCCAAGAGCCCCGUCCCGCAGCAGCCUGAAGGCGCAGGUGGACAAACCUCAACGCCCCCAAGCCCACCCACCGCAGCAGAAAGUUCAACGUCAGCAAGCUCCGGGAAUGUUACACUUGUGGAUCCAUCACAAAUUGGAGCUGAAUUGCAGACAGUUGAAAAUCCCGAGGCUCCUGCCGAGGAAGGCGAAUUCGACAGAGAUGAUCUCAACGACAAGGAUGAAGAACAUGUGGUUGAGAUCAGAGAAUGUCCAAUUUGCCAUCAACCUCGCCUGAAUAAGCGCUCCGAUGCAGACAUCAUCACUCACAUCGCCACAUGUGCCAGUCAGGAUUGGCGUCAAGUGAACAAUAUCGUCAUGGCCGGCUUCGUAACAUCCAGCCAAGCGCAACGGAAAUGGUACUCCAAAGUCAUCACCAAGAUAUCCUACGGAGGCUACAAGCUCGGUGCCAACUCUGCCAACAUCCUGGUGCAGGAUCGCAUCACGGGCCAGAUUAACGAAGAACGCAUGAGCGUCUACGUGCGCCUGGGAAUCAGAUUACUGUAUAAAGGACUGAAAUCUAAGGAUAUGGAAACCAAGAGAAUUCGGAAGCUCCUUCGCGGAUUGUCCUUCAAACAAGGUGUCAAAUACGAUGACCCAGCAUCUAAGGCCGAGAUCCAGAAAUUCAUCAAUUUCCACCGGCUAGACAUGUCCGAAGUCUUGCUUCCGGUAGAGAGCUUCAAAAAUUUCAACGAGUUCUUCUACAGACAGCUAAAGCCGGGUGCGAGACCUUGCUCUGCACCAGAUAACCCGAAGAUCAUUGUUAGCCCGGCGGAUUGCAGGAGCGUGGUGUUCAACCGUAUGGAUGAAGCGACCAAGAUCUGGGUUAAGGGCCGCGAGUUCUCAAUCGAACGAUUACUGGGAAAUGCGUACCCAGAGGACGCAAAACGGUAUACCAAUGGUGCUCUCGGGAUCUUCAGGCUCGCCCCGCAAGAUUAUCAUCGUUUCCACAUCCCAGUUGAUGGUACUUUGGGCACACCCAAAACCAUCGAAGGAGAAUACUAUACGGUUAAUCCGAUGGCAAUCAGAUCGGCGCUAGACGUGUACGGCGAAAACGUCCGCGUGGUGAUCCCCAUUGACUCGGUUGCGCAUGGGAGAGUCAUGGUUAUCUGCGUAGGGGCUAUGAUGGUUGGAAGUACCGUGAUCACGCGCCAAGCAGGCGAGGAAGUGAAACGAGGAGAAGAACUCGGGUAUUUCAAAUUUGGCGGUAGUACUAUCCUCUUGUUAUUCGAAGAAGGCACUAUGAAGUUCGACGAAGAUCUGGUGAAUAACUCUAACAUGGCGUUGGAGACCUUGUUGAGAGUCGGGAUGUCGAUCGGCUACCAUCCGUCAGAGACACAACACACGCCUGACAUGCGCAAGAAAGACGAGGACAUCACGGAGAGCGAGAAAGCGGAAGCCAAGAGGAGGAUCGAAGGCUCGAUUCAGACGCCUGGCAAUGGACCAGUUGCUAGCAUGGCCGGCUAG